AUGGCGGGAGUUGUGGUGGAUAAAUUAACCAUAUCAGUGCGUACAGAUGAUAGUAGACUACCGGACGUUUCAAGUAAGGUCGGAAUUUUGCCAUCUGAGGAUCUAAAUAGUAAUUUUUAUCGCCUCUCGAAUCAUUUCGUGCCUGUUCGAUAUGAAUUAGAGUUCCAACCCGACGUAUCGAACCAUCGUUUUAGGGCAAAUGAAAUCAUCCAGAUUGAAGUGUGCGGCGCCUGCGCCUCUGAGGCGGGAAGGAAGGAGUCCUCCCCCCGGGAGUUACGUCAGUGCCGUUUGGUGCUGCAUGGCAUCGAGUUGGUGAUUCGGCGGGAGGAUGUCUUCAUUGUCCUGGAAGAUGACAAAAUCCUGCAGUGUAUCAGCGUUGUUGACCACCCUGAGACCAGUGAGACCCUUGAGUUUUACUUUGACGAAGUUCUACCACAGGAGACUGGUCAGCGCUUUGCUUUUCACAUUGAUUAUUACGAAGGCCUCAUCCACACCGGGCUGGUCUCACAGGGGUUGUUUUAUUCGAGCAGCUCGGACCCAGGCUUCCUCGCGACGCAUCUCGAGCCCACCAACGCCCGCAAAUUAUUUCCGUGUUUCGAUGAGCCUUCUUUUAAAGCUGUCUUCAAGCUGUCGGUUGUUGUAGACCCGAGCUUCAUGGUGGUAUCGAACAUGCCGCUUGUGCAUGAGGAAAACAUAUGUGCAUGGCUAGCGCCAAGCCGUUCUAAGGGAGCUUCCCAUCUCCUGAGCAGCACUGGUUGUGUAGAAAAAUGUCACCCCAGUGGAGGAGAAUUAAGCAGACGAAAUGAUUGUGUCCAGCGUACUUCAUCUUCUUCCGUACUGAUGGAUGUUCAAACGAGCGUCUACUUCCGUCGCUUUGUGUUUGAAGAAACACCGCCAAUGCAUACGUGUAUCUUAGGGUUCAAUGUGGGCAAGUUCUCGAUCUUAGAGUGGUACUGCUCGAGACUUGGUAUUCGCUAUCGCGUCGUAUUCCCAUGCAACCAGCCGGCGAGUUCUGCCCGAUACGCGCUGGAUCUUCUCAACAUGGCGGUAAAUUUUUUUAAUUCCUUUUUCAACUUCAGGAUCGGGCUCAAAAAGCUAGACGUCGUCGCUUUGGAGUGUUUUCAGUCACUUGGGAUGGAAAACUGGGGCAUGAUCAACAUCCUCAUGGAGUACCUACUGGUGAAAGACUCCACGCCAGUUGAGCGGCGACAGCGCAUUGCCCGCCUGGUGGGGCAUGAAGUCUGUCACCACUGGUUCGGCAACCGGCUCUCCAUCGAGUGGUGGAACGAUAUCUGGCUGAAGGAGGGCUUAUGUCGGCUUCUGGAGUAUCACUUUGUAGAUGCGUGCUUUCCGGAUUGGGGCAUCUGGGAUGAUUUCAUCGGUACCGCCGCGAACGCCUCACUGGACGAGGACGCCGUGGCGGCUCGGACGCACCCGCUGCGGUAUUGCGAUGGGCGGCCUCGGCGCGUCUCGACCGGCUUCGACGCGAUUUCCUACGGCAAAGGCGCGGCGCUGCUGCGGUUGCUCUUCGCCCUUCUUGGGCUGCCCGCCCUCAAGCGGGCCACCGCGCGGCUCCUCCACGCCGAUGCCCGGGCCCACCUCGGCAGGUUCAAACGGGCCCUCCUGGAGGGAGGGGGAGGGCACAGCGCUGUCGUGGUCGAGCGCGUGCUGCGCCUGGCGGAGAGGGCGGGCCACCCCUACCUGCUGAUCCGCCGCGGCGGCCCGGGGGCGUAUCGGCUAUCGCAGUACGCCAUGCCGACCCUCCGGCGGGGGGUGCUGCCGGAGUGGGUCCGCCGCGGCGCGUUGGGCGGUCUCUCCGCACUGCCGACGGACACCACCUUUGUGUGGGACCCCACGCGGCUUUUACGACGACAGCCCAACGGCGAGCCUUUUGUGUUUCCGAUGGUCGUCUUAGAGGCUUCUCGCGGGGCUCGUACCGUGUACGAGCUCUUCGUCGAUCACAACGAGGCGGAGUACAGGGUCCACGACGGCAAGGGCCGCACAGACACCGUGUCCCCAACGAAUGACUUCGGUGACUAUGAGCUUUGCUACUUUAAUUAUGGUGCUACCGGCCUGCUUCGGUGCGACCACGACUUAGCAUUGUGGCGCCAAAUUUUUAAGUUUGCAGCUUUUCUGCAUAGUGAGGACCAUAUUACCAUCACGGCGACCCUUUCCUCCCUACGGAACGUCCUUGUUGGACGUUUCCCCUACGAACCUGAUGGCGACCGCUGUACUCUGAUGCUGGAGUGGCUGAGUAUCCUCACGACGUCCACAAAAAAAAUGAGUUCCUUCCUCUGGGACUUUAUCACAACUUAUCUGGAGAAGUUUGUGUACUUGGUUCAAGGCCAGGAAUGUAGCCACGCCGUGUAUAAUUUUGUCAAGGGCUUGUAUGACCCCUUGCUACGGCAGAACUUGAUUACUUUCUUCGCGACAGAGGACCCUUUGAACUUUAAAGUGCACCGCCAUAUUUCCUGCACCACUGUCAACAAGGUGCUAGGUGUCUUGGUUCUCUGUGGGAGUUCGUUUUUGAUGGAGGAGGCGGCUGAAAUGGGAUUUAGCGUACUAGCUGCGCUUGGGCAGCGGAGCCUUGUUGAAUCCAUGUCCUCCAUUUCGCCUGCCAGUGCACGAGGUCGUCGAGGCGUGAAUUUCAUGAACAGUGCCCACGUUCAAUCCGCCACAAUCGCGCUUUUUUACUUGGCUUUGUAUGAUCCUUCUCGAUGGUGGGGUUGUAUCGCUGGCAUUGUAGCCGGAUUUUGCUCGCUCGAUACUGUGUUUCUCGAGCAAAAUAUUCACCUUUGCAUUCCGAAAAUUGUGAUCGAAAGCCAUAAAAUCAUGGAAGUCCUUCCGGUUGUACUACCAGCAUUUUUUUCGAUGGUUGAUGAUCGUGCUUUUGAUUUCAUGGCCAACGUACUCAACAUAUUCAGCAAUGUACCAGAUAUGGUGAUGCGGUCUUUAUUAUGGAAUACGCGCUUUUUGGUUUAUCUUUUAAGCCAUUGCAACCUCACCUUGAAGCCACUUGUAAUGGAUAAUUUGGCUUUUCAUGCUGCUAAGUUAUGCAGCAAUAGUCAUGUCAUCGCGCUGCUUUAUGCCUACUUCACACGCCAAAAUUCGAAUAUUUCUGAGUCUUCGUUAUUUCAGGCAUUAUUGCUAAGCGAGGAGGAAGAGGCCGCGGCGAUGGUGCGUGAAGGCGAGGCCGGGAAUCACCUGUCGCCAAAUAUGUUGGAAAGUUUUAGCGCUAUGACAGUGAAUUGUGUGUGGAUAGCGUACUGCCGUACACACAUUGAGCAGUUCUUGCGCAAGAGGCUAGACCAGGGUGCGUAG